UAGACCCCAAUGAACCAAGCCUCAACUCGAUCUCACUGCAUUUUCACUAUUCACAUCUCUAGCAAGGAACCUGGAUCUCCAACUAUCCGACAUUCUAAGUUGCACUUAGUAGACCUUGCAGGAUCAGAGCGUGUUGCAAAGACUGGAGUUGGAGGUCAUUUGUUGACAGAAGCCAAAUAUAUCAACUUAUCAUUACAUUAUUUAGAGCAGGUAAUAAUUGCACUUGCAGAGAAAAACCGAUCCCACAUUCCCUAUCGAAACUCUAUGAUGACCUCAGUGCUAAGGGACAGUCUGGGAGGAAACUGCAUGACCACAAUGAUUGCAACACUCUCUUUAGACAAAAGAAACAUAGAGGAAUCUAUAUCAACUUGCAGAUUUGCACAACGAGUUGCUCUUAUUAAAAAUGAAGCAGUUCUUAAUGAAGAAAUUGACCCCAAAUUGAUGAUUAUUCAGCUGAAAAGGGAGAUCCAAGAGUUGAAAGAUGAGCUGGCACUGGUGACUGGCAUGCAAAGAACGUCACAGCUUUCACAAGAAGAGUUACUUCACUUGGAUGAGUUAAUAGAAACAUUUCUGGAAGACAAUGAUCCUGAAACCACUUUGGAUGUUGGAGCAGACAUGCGCAAGAUUAAGUACUGUUUCACUUAUUUGAAGCUACGACAGAAUCAUUCCAAGAUUUCUGAUGAAAAGUUGCUCUCGCAUCACAUCUGUGAAGACAAAGACACUAGCAAAGAAGCAGGAAAAGAGGAAUUGAAAAAAAUGAAAGAACUUCUGCAGCAAAGAGACAAUGAGAUCAGUAUCCUUAAUAGGGGAAAAAAUAAUAUUUGGGUUUCAGCUGAUGUGGCUACAUUGGUUUCUCUGUGUGUGAGAUAGGAGUUGGCUCCAUGGAAUGAAUUUCUCUCUAUUGACCCCACUGUGUUAAAGCAAUUAUUCAGUUUCCAAAUUUUAUGUGACAAGACCCUUUCUUUACACCUGCUUCUAUUUCAGUUGUGACCCAAACCAAAAUCCUGCAUCCAGGCACCACUUAGCUUUGGAGUAGUCCAGCCAAGACCCAAGGCCUGUGAAUAAAGCCAUGCCUAAAAAACUCCUCAAGCAAAUUAAACAUUUUUGUAGAAUGGGAAAAUCUGAUGCUAUGUAAAGAUCAAUUUAUUACCUUACAAAGAAUAGAAUUUCCUGUAAGUGUUAUUUUUAGCCAAAUGAAGUGCUGCUUUGGGGACUACUGGAUUAUGUACCUUUUGAAUGAAUAUGAA